AUGCUUAGUACGGAGCUGCUUGGGGUAAUUGAAAAGGGCCCGCUACUCUCGGAGCGCGUGGCGUUCAUACUACAGAAGGAGAUCAAACAUUUUGACAAUAGUAUCGGCAAGGUCGUGAAGGACUUGUACCACGAUGCGCGUAACAUGGAUGAAGAACGCGUCAAGCUGAUGGUUGAGAAGAACCAGGAAAGCUUGCUUCGUGCUCAUCAAGGAAGCACUGUAUCAGGUGUCUUGGUCAAUAUGGACCUCAGAGAUGCGUGGGUUUUCAAUCUUGGAGACUCAAGUGUCGCCAUUUCGCAUAUGAACGAGUCCCAGGCCGGAGACCUUCCCUACUAUAACACGCUUACCCAACUGCAUCAUGCAAAUACGCCUGCAGAAUACUGCAUCCAGGUCCUAGAACACCCGCCGAAGGAGGAAUUCAUCAAGAACGGGUACAUCUUCGGCAUAUCAGAGCUUACUCGAAGCCUUGGUGAUCAUCACUUCAAGCUUCCCGCCAAGUAUGUGCGCCGUGUCUUAGGUUGCCUUCCACCGCGAGCGCAAUUCGAUUACUCUGGUGAAUACAUCAAAACGCCGCCCUACAUAUCGAGCUGGGCCGAUGUCGGGUACGUCGAUCUCGCCAAACAUGAGGAUGUGAAGCUCUUCUUGUUUACGGACGGCGUCGAUGAUAUCGUGCAAUGGCUUCAUCGGCCAGCGGAUGCUCCUCGCACAGUCAAGCCCGCUCAGAUUGUGGCGUACCUCGCAUCCACGUCCCCGCACGCCAUGUCCCUGGCUGGCAACGAGCUAGGGCAUGUCAUUUGUGACUAUCCAAAUAGCAACGACGGCAAUCAAGCCUUGGACGUUCUGGUCAACUUGCUUGGUGGUGCGGACACACAGCGACUGGGAAGAGUAGUCGACUCGGAGUGGCUGAGACAGCUGCGCGAUCCAGACUGGGACGAUACCAAGCAUAUAUACAUUGGUGAUACUACCCUUAUCGUCUGCCAAUUUACAUGGUAG